UUUGAGAUAGUACCGCGGUUGUUGUUUGAUCUAGAGUACUGCAUUUGGCGUGAUCCCAGCCCCUUGGACACUCGACCGGCCCGCGCCACAGCCUCACGCAGAGGACGGAUUCUGCAGAGGACUGAUUCCGCAGAGGAUGCACCUCCUCGCCUCGCUCGCCUCGCUCCUCGCCCUCGCCACCCCGCACAUCGCAUUGGCAUCGAGCUCACACCGCGCCCCGCUGCGCUCCAUCCAGUACGCCCAGAAUGCAGACAUCCUGACGCCGAACCACCGCGUCACGGCCGUCAGCACCUUUGACGUGGCCUUUGACGUCGGCCCCCAGCGCAUUCGCCUCAGCCUCGAGCCCAACCACGACUUGUUUGUCGACGGCGGCCGCGUCACGCACCUCGCCGCCGACGGCAGCGUGCAGCAGCAGGCGCCCAUUGACCGCCACCAGCACAAGGUCUUCAAGGGGACGGCGUGGGCGAAGCGCGGCAGUCGCUGGGACAAUGUCGGGUGGGCGCGCGUCGGGAUGCGGCGCGACGGGGUGGCGCCGCUGUUCGAGGGCACCUUUACGCUGAACGACGACCACCACCACAUCAAGCUGGCGAGCAGCUACCGGGCGACGCGGCUGGCCGAGGACCCCGACGUGGACGCAGACGCAGACGCCGCCGGCGAGGAGCGCAUGGUCGUGUUCCGCGACAGCGACAUGGGCAUGGCGCCGCACGAGGACCAUGCCGAGCUGCGGAGGCGGGCGGGCGUGCACGGCCAGGCGUGCGGCAGCGACGCGCUUGGGUUCAACUCGCAGGCCGACCACCCCGUGUACGCGGGCAUGCGCGCCCGCGACAUGACGAGCCGGGCGUCGAUGCCGCUCGAGCGCCUGUUUGGCCGCCAGAUUGACGGGCAGCCCGGCAGCGGCGGCGCGGGCGUCAACCUGGUCAGCACGAUUGGCAGCACGCAGGGCUGUCCGACGACGCGCAAGGUGGCGUUGGUCGGGGUCGCGGCCGACUGCACGUACAUCCAGUCGUUCAACCGCGACCGCAACCAGACGCAGCAGAACAUCAUCGAGCAGCUCAACUCGGCGUCGGCGCUGUUCGAGAGCACCUUUCAGAUCUCGCUGGGGCUCGCCAACGUCGUCAUCACCGACCCGGACUGCCCCGCGACGGCGCAGGCCUCGACGCCCUGGAACCAGGGCUGCAGCGACGGCGUCGACAUCCAGGCCCGUCUGAACCUCUUCUCCUCGUGGCGCGGCCAGCAGGCCGACAACUACUCGCACUGGACGCUGCUGUCGACGUGCAACACGGGCUCUGCCGUCGGCCUGGCCUGGCUCGGACAGGCCUGCGUGCAGGGCUCGCAGCAGAACAGCGGCAGCACGACCGAGACGGUCGCCGGCGCCAACGUCGUGGUGCGCACGUCGACCGAGUGGCAGGUCAUUGCCCACGAAACCGGCCACACGUACGGCGCGGUCCACGACUGCACCGCCGCGGCCUGCGCCGACUCCAACACGGUCAACUCGCAGCAGUGCUGUCCGCUCAGCAGCUCCACCUGCAACGCCGGCGAGCAGUACAUCAUGAACCCGUCGACCGCCCAGGGCAUCACCCGCUUCUCGCCGUGCUCCAUUGGCAACGUCUGCUCCGCCCUGCAGCGCAACUCGGUCGAGUCGUCGUGCCUGACCAACAACCGCGGCAUCACCACCAUUGGCGAGCCCGUGUGCGGCAACGGCAUCGUCGAGGAGGGCGAGGACUGCGACUGCGGCGGCACCACGCAGUGCGGCUCCAACAACUGCUGCAACGCGUCGACCUGCAAAUUCAAGAACAACGCCGUCUGCGACGACAGCAACGAGGACUGCUGCAACAACUGCCAGUUCGCCUCGGCCACCACCGUCUGCCGCGCCUCCCAGGGCUCCUGCGAUCCCGCGGAGACGUGCAACGGCACCUCCCCGUACUGUCCCGAGGACAAGUGGGAGGAGUCGGGCAAGAGCUGUGGCAACGGCCUGCAGUGCGCGAGCGGCCAGUGCACCUCGCGCGACCAGCAGUGCAAGACGCUCAUGGGCAGCUACACGCAGGGCAACGAGACGUACGCGUGCGACACGCGCAGCUGCACCCUCUCGUGCGGCUCGCCCGAGUUCGGCCGCGGCGUGUGCUACGGCCUGCAGCAGAACUUUCUCGACGGCACCGUCUGCGCCGGCGGGCAUUGCGUCAACGUGAGUCAUUACAUCCUACCUCUUUUCUGCGUCUCGUGCUAACAAUCUCAGGGCCGCUGCGACGGCAACGUGGGCAACGAGAUCAAAUCCUGGAUCGACCAACACCUGACCCUCGUCAUCGGCCUCGCCGCCGGUCUCGGCGGCGCGCUGCUCCUCUGCAUCCUGUGCUGCUGCUGGCGCUCGUACCGCCGUCGCCGGUCAAGGGCCAAAUACGCCGCCCAGGCUGCGGCGUACGGCCGCGGUCCCCAGCCCAACAAUGGUGGGCGCGGGGGCAGGAGACGCCCCCCGCCUCCGCCGCCGCCGCCGCCGCAGAUGAGCGCCAUGAGCGGGAAUCAGGGCGCGCCGCCGCCGUAUGCGUGGCAGGGCCAGGCUGGCAUUCCACAGCCGCCGCCGUUGAGGCAGAGGGAUAGCGUGCGGUAUGCAUGAGCUUCUCUGUGCUCUGUUUCUUUUGUUGCGAAUUGGGGG